AUGACAGACUCGGCGUCCCACAGGCUUGACCUCCGGGUCGGCGGCAAGUACAGGCUCGGCAAGAAGAUUGGCUCCGGUUCUUUCGGUGACAUCUACCUCGGGAUCAACAUCAUCUCGGGCGAGGAGGUUGCCAUCAAGCUCGAGUCGGUCAAGGCCAAGCACCCUCAGCUCGAGUACGAGUCAAAGGUUCUGAAGACUCUCGCCGGCGGUGUCGGCGUCCCGUUCGUCCGUUGGUUCGGCACCGAGUGCGACUACAAUGCGAUGGUCAUCGAUCUCCUUGGCCCUUCGCUUGAGGAUCUCUUCAACUUCUGCAACCGCAAGUUCUCGCUCAAGACUGUUCUCUUGCUCGCCGAUCAGCUCAUCUCUCGCAUCGAAUACGUCCAUUCGCGUAACUUCAUCCACCGUGACAUCAAGCCGGACAACUUCCUCAUGGGCAUCGGCAAGCGCGGCAACCAGGUCAA